UCUCCUGGGACUUAGAGUGUCUAUUCGCAGUGAGUGCGACUGAGGGAGAGUGUGAGGAGAGGCCGACGCCUCUGCAUCGCCGCAGCGGAGACGGACACACCUUCGGGGGCUGACGCCGGCGUUUCUGUGGAGGAGACUGUGGACGUCCUGGAAGGGGUUGGACGGGAUUGACGGAGGAAGACUACAUUUCCCAUCAGACCAAGCGCACGCCAACGCAGGCUCCCUCCUCCCGGGUGGCGCCGGAGCAUUGUGGGAUUGGAUGAGUCUCAAGAUGGACAACCGGGAUGCUGCAGGAAAGGCUAAUCGGUGGUUUGGGAUGGCACAGCCCAAGUCUGGAAAGAUGAAUAUGAACAUCCUCCACCAGGAAGAGCUCAUCGCUCAGAAGAAGCGAGAGAUCGAAGCCAGAAUGGAACAGAAGGCCAGGCAGAGUCAUGCAGCCAGCCCACAGCCCCCUCAUCCUGGGGAAAUUGCCAAUGCACAUGACUCCUGUAUCUCCAACAAGUUUGCCAAUGAUGGCAGCUUCUUGCAGCAGUUUCUGAAGUUGCAGAAGGCACAGACGAGCACAGAUCCACCCCCCAGUGCCCCUCCCAGCAUGCCAACGCCCAGCACCUUGAAGAGACCCCUCCUACUCAGCAAGCGGACAGGCUUGGGGCUGGGCAGCCCGCUGGGCCCUGUGAAGAACUACUCACAUGCCAAGCAGCUGCCCGUUGCACACCGGCCGAGCGUCUUCCAAUCCCCUGAUGAUGAUGAUGAGGAGGACUAUGAGCAAUGGCUGGAGAUCAAAGUUUCACCCCCAGAGGGAGCCGAGACUCGGAGAGUGAUAGAGAAGCUGGCCCGUUUUGUGGCAGAAGGAGGCCCUGAGCUAGAGAAAGUAGCUAUGGAGGACUACAAGGAUAAUCCUGCCUUCACAUUUUUACAUGAUAAGAAUAGCAGGGAAUUCCUGUACUACAGAAAGAAGGUAGCUGAGAUCAGGAAGGAAGCCCAAAAGCCACAGGCAGCCGCCCAGAAAGUUUCACCCCCAGAGGACGAAGAGGCCAAGAACCUUGCAGAAAAGUUGGCCAGGUUCAUAGCAGACGGGGGUCCUGAGGUGGAGACCAUCGCCCUACAGAAUAACCGCGAGAAUCAGGCCUUCAGUUUUCUCUAUGAUCCCAACAGCCAAGGGUACAGAUACUACCGGCAGAAGCUGGAGGAGUUUCGGAAAGCCAAGGCAGGCUCCACAGGCUCCUUCCCUGCUCCUGCUCCCAACCCCAGCCUGCGGCGCAAGUCAGCCCCUGAAACCUUGUCAGGGGCUGUGCCCCCCAUCACUGCCUGCCCCACUCCAGUGGCCCCAGCACCUGCUGUCAACCCCACUCCGUCCAUCCCUGGAAAGCCCACCACCACGGCCACUGUGAAGAGGAAGCGGAAGAGUCGAUGGGGGCCUGAAGAGGACAAAGUGGAACUGCCACCUGCCGAACUGGCACAGAGGGACAUAGAUGCCUCACCUUCACCUCUCUCAGUUCAGGAUCUCAAGGGGCUUGGUUACGAGAAGGGGAAACCUGUGGGCCUGGUGGGUGUCACAGAGCUGUCUGAUGCACAGAAGAAGCAGCUGAAGGAGCAGCAGGAGAUGCAGCAGAUGUAUGACAUGAUUAUGCAGCACAAGCGCGCAAUGCAGGACAUGCAGCUGCUGUGGGAGAAGGCACUACAGCAACACCAGCAUGGCUACGACAGUGAUGAGGAGGUGGACAGCGAACUGGGCACCUGGGAGCACCAGCUGCGGCGCAUGGAGAUGGACAAGACACGGGAGUGGGCAGAGCAGCUAACACAGAUGGGUCGGGGCAAGCACUUCAUUGGUGACUUCCUGCCCCCUGAUGAGCUGGAGAAGUUCAUGGAGACCUUCAAGGCCCUGAAGGAGGGCCGAGAGCCAGACUACUCGGAGUACAAGGAGUUCAGGCUGACAGUGGAGAACAUCGGCUACCAGAUGCUCAUGAAGAUGGGCUGGAAGGAGGGCGAGGGCCUGGGCACCGAGGGCCAGGGCAUCAAGAACCCAGUGAACAAGGGUGCCACCACAGUCGAUGGAGCCGGCUUUGGAAUUGACCGGCCAGCCGAGCUCUCCAAGGAAGACGAUGAGUAUGAGGCCUUCCGCAAGAGGAUGAUGCUAGCCUACCGGUUCCGGCCCAACCCCCUGAACAACCCCAGGCGGCCCUACUACUGAGUACUCUGGAAACACGAAGUCUUCUUUCAGAUCGGCCGUCCUGGGACUGUGAAAUGUUCUGGAUACAUCUCCGGCCACCCUGUCGUCACAAGUGUUGUGCUGUGUAUUAAAGUCCUAAUGCUCUCCUGCCCA